AUUGAACCCUUUGGAUCAGCUGGGCCUGAACCUAACCUGAGCACACAAAGUCCGAAGGAGAGAGCUGCACUGCUGAACACACCUCCACACACAGCACAAACACUCAACUGGCUCGCUAGAGCAGGAAUGGAGAAACACCGGGCGUCAUGGAAAGCAGAAUCCUGCAUGAGAAGAAAAGGCCAUUCCCCAGACAGAUUUCAGGUCGUGAAGAAAAUGCCAGGAACUGGAGACUCUCAGGGUUCACAUUCGCCUCGCCGGGCAUUAAGUGAUAAGGUCCGACCCUUGGAUAGGCAAGCAAAAUUGCUGGAUAGUGAUGCCUCUGUGACCCCAGAGCUUGAGAAAAGCAAAGGGACCCUCAGUGAGCAGGAUGGCCAAAGAAGUCACCACAAGGACAAAACCCAUAAGAAAGGGCAGCAUGGGUUCCUAAAGGCCCUGGUGAACUUCCUGACCAAGACAGGGUCUGAGGAACAGAGGGAAAAGGGAGAAAAAAAGCCAAAGGAGAAAUGUAAUUCACCUCAAGACCCAAAACACCUAGAAGCAUUUGUAGAUCCACCAGAGCCAACCUUUGGGAAGAAAGAUAAGGAAAAGGGAGACAAAACAUGGAAGGAGAAAUCUAUCUUCCCUCAGGGUCUGGAACCCCCAGAAGCAUUGGCAGAACCACUAGAGACAAUCUCUAAGAAGAAAGACAAGGAAAGGGUACGCAAAAAGUCGAAGGAGAAAUCUAUCUUCCCUCAGGGUCUGGAACCCCCAGAGGCAUUGGCAGAACCACUAGAAACAAUCUCUAAGAAGAAAGACAAGGAAAGGGUACGCAAAAAGUCGAAGGAGAAAUCUAUCUUCCCUCAGGGUCCGGAACCCCCAGAAGCAUUGGCAGAACCACCAAAGCCAACCUCUAAGAAGAAAGAGAAAAAGUCUAGCCUCAAGAAAGCCUUUUCUUUUAAGAAACAUGGCCAUGAAGAAGCCAAGAAAUCAUCUGGCUUGGAUUCUAGAAGCCCUGAGGCACGGAGGCCGACAAAGCCUACUUUUCUUCCUUUGUGCUUCAGCCAUAGACCAGCAAGUCUGACUAUUCCUGACCCAGAUGAGAAGGAAGCACAUGAGGCACUCUUCAUGGAAGUUGGGACUCUUGAUUCUACUGGACUUUCCAGCCAAGUUGGGUGGCCCCCACCAAAGGAACAGCCACCUUCUAAUAGACUUUCUGAACCUGAUGACAUUAUUAUCCAGAAGAUAGUUGCUCUUCUCAAAGAGCAAGGUGACAAGUACAAUGAAAAGAUCAAAGAAGAUUCAAGUCUUGGGGAGUCCUGGGACAGCAUCUCCUUUUCCUCCAUCCAAACCUUGGCAGACGCUCUCGUAAAUCAGGAAGAGAACCAGAAGAAGUCAGAUGGGAGUCCAGUAGACAGACACUACCAUUUGACUAACAAAUAUGCAGGCAACACUAACCAUGCUGUCCAUCGAAUCAUGGGCUGGAGAGACCACGUUGUCACACACACAUUUGGCCAUAUACCUUAUAAUAAUGAGCAGCAUGGGACAAGUACUCCCUUCCUUAGUCCAGACUGA